AUGAACAUGCCGGAACCAUUGCUCCUGUUGCUACAGCACAAAGCCUUCUCCAGACUAUCUGUGAGAUCAGGGACACGUUGCAAGAUAUUACCAGAGGACGGGGCGCAUGUCCUCAGAGAAAACGCUCCAUUUACCUCAGCCUGGAAAAAAAACCCUCUUUGCUCCAUUCCAGGAGGGCCUGUUUAUUCUCUAGCAGGUGUCGAUGCUCCUAGGGGACGGCCAUUAUCGCUAUAUACUGCCGGCUAA